AUGCCAGGAUAUCAAAAACUCUUGAGGUGGGCGCAACCUUCUCAAAAGAAAAACAUCUACUAUGCAGCGGUGCAUUCAGAAGAAAAUGCUGCCCAGGAUAAGGCGAACCUCUUGUCUGAAGAUGGUAUGACGAGACCGCGUUCGACGCACCGUAAACACUGGUUUAUCCUCUACACCAUCCUGUUCAUCUCCUUCAUUUUUGCAAUAUCCUCCCUCUUAGUCGCUUUCACCAGGCAUUACACCAUUUUGCGACGGAACACCUAUGGUUGUUGCUUUUCCUCACUUUCUUCCGCGCUAACUACGCCAGUGCCCUUGGAAACGAAGAAGUUCGGUCCAUCGGAAAUUUUUACGGAGCGCUCAAGCCCCCGAAGCAACGCUGCCUGGGAGGCACUAGCGGGACCAAAUCACGAAAACCCUGGCUUUAUUUACAUCCCCAACUGGGAGGAGCUGAAGCUGCCACCUGGAGGGGUCAUCCGCGGAGAAAUGAUGUACGGCAUUAGCAUGUUCCAUCAGCUCCAUUGCCUGGGUGCCAUCCGCCAUACAUUUUGGCAGUUGAUGGAGGGUAGGCUUGACCUGGAAACCUUGGAAGCUCUGGACGGGGAUACGACCGAUCCCAGUUUUAUCCCCAAUGGCCAUGGGUUGUGGCAUAUUGAGCAUUGCUUUAACUAUGUCAGACAUGCCUUGCAGUGUUACGGGGACACAACCAUCGAAGUCCCAACGGAUUUUAAUGGCCAGUUGAUUUUUAUUGGGUGGAAUACCACCCAUCAAUGUCGUAGUUUUGAUGCGAUCUGGGACUAUACGGUCAAGCACUCCAACCUGGACAGAUGGGAUUGA